AAUGACAAUUGACGGUGCUUUGCUUGUUCUUGCAAAUGAAGUGUGUUGGGAUUAAUAUUCUGUUGUACAAAAAGUGAAAGUAUAAUAAGUUUUUACAAAAAUGCUGUCAUGAUAGCAUUAAAAAAUGGAAUUUCUUCCAAAUAUAGAUUUAGAGGAGUUGGAAUCCAGUUUAUACAGUCAGUUGUACCACAGUAGUGAGAUACAGGAAGAAUCCAGGCUAAAUCUAAACCUGGAUGAUUCUUUAACAGAUAGUUCUGCAAACAAAAGCUAUCGUUAUUUUUUAAAUCCAUUAGAAGACUCUCUUAAUAUUUUUAAGGAGCAACAAUUUUCCUCUACACCAGCAAAUAACACCACAGAAAACAGUAUCUUUUCCAAUCAAGAUACAAGAUUGGAGUUACCGCAGCCGAAUUUCUUUUCCAUUACAUCUGAAAAUUCUCAAGGGAACGUAAAUAACCACUCUCCUCCAGCUCCAAAUGUAGAUAGUUUAUGCACAGAUCAAUCAAAAAAAUAUUCUAGAAAAAAACAAAAAAAGCUAAGACGAUCUAGAAGGUUACAAGAAAAGCAAGAGUUCGAGUUAAUUGAAAAGUUUGUUCAGCAACAACAACAGCAACAAAAUUCGGUAGUAAUAUACAUAUCGGAUUCAGAUUCUGACGAUUGCGUAGCAGUAGAUGAAUACAUGAUCGACAAAAGACAAAUAAAUACAAAAUUUCCAAAGAAGUACAACGAGUCAGAUGGUGGGCUACCGCCAGAGAGAGAUGAUGAUAUUAUUUUUGUGCCCCCACCACCAGUUGAAGUUAUUACGGUUGAUUCUGAUGAAACCAUUCCGUGUAACGUAGUCGACAAUAGUAUUAAAAAUGCUGAUUACACAGAAGAUUGUGCUUUGGUAGAAUUGGAUUCGUCAUUAAGUAACGAUUUUCUGGACACCGCAAAUGUUGAUCGUAAUUCACAAUUCAAUUUUGAUCUCCAUGGAUCUGAGUUCACCAAUAACGAAGUAAUGACCGUACAAGACACCUCGAAAUUAACUGAAUAUUGUGAAACUGAAAGUAGUUGUAGUACAAAUGAAAAUAGAAUUUUUUCCAAUACAGUCAAAACGAUCGUUUUUGAUGAAGUUGAAUUUCCGAAGGAAGCAAUUUUCAAUGAAAAAGAUUUAGAAAGUUUUGGCUCAUUCAUAGUUCCUAAAAGGACUUGUAAUAAACGAACUGAUUUGCCUAAUGAAGUAGAUAAAACUGAAAGUGCAGCAUUUGAAGUUGCUGACAUAUUAUCUGACAGUAACAGCUCAGAAAGUGAUUUUGAAACUAGUACAAACCAAAAAUCACAUGAUUUGCCUCAUUUAUCACCGAUGAUAACUUCAGACGCAAAUAACAAAAAAAAUAAAUGUAAUGCGAACGAGUUUUUUAAAGAUAAGGUGCCUGUAUUACAUAAAGAAGUGGUAGAAAAGAAAAAACGGAAAGAUUCUAAUAAUUCUUCGAGAAAGAAGAAAAGAGAUUCAGAUAACGAAACUAGUGAUAUUAAUUUUGGAAGUUGUAUUACCAGUACACCAAGUUGUUCAACCAUUAAUAAAAAGAAAAAACAUUCACAUCUUCAAAGCCAUGAGGGGGUCGUUUCUUCCAUUACUCAAACAAAUGAUAUUUUGAACGUCGUCGAUAAUGAUGCGGCCCUCUCACAAAAGCCAAAAAAGAAAAAAAAGAAAACCGCAUCAACAACAACAAAUUCAUUAAACACAGACACCUUAAAUGAAAAUAUAGAGUUUGUAAAUAUGGAAAGUGUUGAAUCCGGUAAUGUAGAAAAAAUAAAAACGAAACGAAAGAAAAGUAAUUCAGGUUCAAAAAUUUCUGAACAUGACAACACGGACAUUUUUCUGGAGAAAAGUAGUGGUGUUUUUGAUAAAUUUUUUCCAGAAACUGUAGAGCUUAAUGAAGUUAUGGAUACCAAAGAAACAUCCAAGAAAAAGCGAAAGAAGAGAAAAAAUUCAACGGAAUCUUCUUUCCGCAACGAAACAGUUCAAUUUGCCUCUGAUUUUAACAGCGAUAAAGAAGUUGCGAGUGCUGAAACUGCAAUGGGCUGUUCUAAUGUAGUUGAAUUUACGAAGUCAAAGAAAAAGAAAAGGCGAGAAUCUGUACUGUUAGUGCGUUUGGAACGAAGUGAUAUUGAACAUUUGGAGGAAUUAAAAGAUUUACAAGACAAAAACGUAGAUGGCAAAUCUAGUUUAAAACAAAAGAAAAAAACGAAAGAAACAACUUUAUCAAAAGUAUUGGAUAAUGAUUCUAAUCAACAACUAACCGAACCCCAAAGCUUAGGUAAUGAUGAUGAAAUAUAUUCCAAUGAACAUGAUGGGAGAAGAAAACAUUCACAAGAUAAAAACAUAAAUGACAAAAUAGAAUUAAAGAUGAAAAAGAAAACGAAAGAAACGGAUAUAUCUAAUACGUCGGAAACCGAUUCUGAGGAACAAUUAUCAACUUCUAAAAUGGUAGAAAAUAAUGAUGUAUCUACUCAUACUGCGAAGCCCAAAAAGAAAAAGAAAGAAGUCUCAGAAAUUUGUGAAGUGGAAUCUCAUGAACUCAUUAAAGAAAAUAUAGAUGUGGAUACUACCGUGUUAUUAAAACAAAAGAAGAAAAAGAAAGAAACAUCUAUAUGUGAAGACGGGGAACUGAAUUCUACCGAAAAAAGUAAAGAAUUGGAAAUAUCGAAACAAAGUGCAUCUAUUAAUACUGAAACGAAAAAUGCUUCAGCUGUUGUAGAAACAAACUCGACUCCAGAAAUUAUAGAGGUUCAGAAUAUUGAAGUCGUGGAUUCGGAAUUAGAUGUCGUAAAUCCCCAUAUUACUGUCUCUAGUGAAAAUCAGAUAUCUGAAAAACAAGCUGCAAUAGAAGAGGUAUCAGGAAAAAGUUUAGAUGGUUUUGUCAAUACAUUACCAAUAGAAUUAAGUAAUAUACCAAGCACUUCUAACAAAUCUAACGUCCCUGAUCAAAGUGAUUUAUUUAUAUUAACUACAGAUCAUGAGGAAUCUAGUAACAAUCAACAAAUUUUACUUGAAAAGCUACCUUUGGGUAAGGAUGAGAGCAUUAUAUGUAUUGAGUCUGAUGAUUCUGAAGAUAGUAGUGUAGAAACACUUUCUUCUGACAGUGAUAAUGAUUUUGAAGUUCUUGAUGAUAGUGAACAUGAUUUAUCGUUAAAUAUUAGUAAAGAAAGUAGUAAUGCAGGAACUAUUGAUGAAGAAAGUGCUUAUGACAGAAUUAUUCGAGAAGCUCGGUUGCCUUUACCAGAUUAUGAUAAUUAUUCUGUGGCAUCUGUUCAAAGUAAACAAUCAGACGAUCCUCAGAAAUGGAUGGUUUUGGCAAAGGAUAAAUUUAGUUACUUAAACCAAAAGAAGGUUGGACCAAGAUGUUACCGAUGCAGGCAUUUCGGUCACACAGGUGAUAGAUGUCCAGAUAAACCAAAUCCUCCACCUUGUAUAUUAUGUGGAGAAUCUGGUCAUCAAGAAGCUAGAUGUCCAAAUCAGAUGUGCCUUCAGUGUGGAAAUAAAGAGGAGUACAGCACAUCAAUCUAUUGUAGAAGAUGUUUUAGAUAUCGAGAAAUAAUAUGUAACCUGUGUAAAAUGAAGGGACACCUGGAAAAAUUUUGUCCUGAUUUAUGGAGAAGAUAUUAUUUAACAACCGAUGAAGGACCCAUGGUCAUAUCUCGUCUACCUACAAGACCCCGAAAUGAGCAAUGGUGUUCUGGUUGCGCAAGACAAGGUCAUUUAGAACACGAAUGCAAUCAGAAUAUCCGGAGUUUUCCCACUACUUCGCCUUACAUAAUGAGCUAUGAAGAUAUUUUAGAACACAACAAAGGUAUGCCGCCUGAAGAACCAUCAUCAAGGUAUCAUCAAAAUAUACCAGCUACAUCUACAUCUUCAGACUCUGGAAAUCAAUCUGCUAAUGUCUGCGAGCAAUCUUCCAGUAAUGAGAAUAUCGAACAUUCCAAAAUACCUUCAUUAUUGAGUAUGCCAAUGACGUUACCAAAUCAAUCAAUAAUUAAUAAUUUUACUCCCCCGAAUGUUACAAUUCGCGUUUCAAAUGAACCUUCAAAUAUUCCUUGUAAAGAAAUAAUUUUUCAGAUGAGACUUAAUUUUGAUAACCAAGUAAAUAAUCAUUUUAAAUUACCAGAUGAUGACAAAGAUCUUGAUGUCAAAGCCGUUAAACAUUUGAUAAUGUCCAUGCCUUCGCACGUUGUUAUCAAUUUUCUUCAAAAGGAAAUGGAUAUCUUAAAUAAUUGUAAUAUAGAUCCCAGACUUUUAAAAAGAAAAAUACAUAAAUUAGACCGACUGGUGGAUAGUAAAAAGAAAAUACCUAAAAAAGUACUUCACGAAAAAAAUUUUUGGUAUAAAUUAUUGAAUAUGUUUGUGUUCGGUUUGUAUAAGUAUAAAGAUGGUAAUCUUCAUACAAACUAUUUGAAUAGGUUUCUCUCACAGGCCAAACAUAUUAAGUUAGACCGAAAUAAGCGCACGACUUUGUUUAGCUCUUAUAACUACGUCUUUGGAUGUAACAAACAUUUGAAUGUGAAUUACUUUAAAAUAAUUAGGUUACUCAUUAAAAAACACUACCGAUAAUAUAAAGAAUGUUUAUAAUUGACUAUUUUUGACAAUAAAGAGAGGUUUGUUUUGGU